AUGAGCUGUUCAGACCAUCUCCCCGUAUUCCUUCGCGAGCUUCCCAAAUGCGAGCACCAUCUUCACAUUGAGGGAACCCUCUCACCAGAGCUUCUAUUCAACCUCGCCUCCAAAAACUCUGUAUCACUCCCCACUGAUGAUCCGGCAUUCGCCUCUCCUGCAACGCUCAAGGCCCGCUACAAGAACUUCGCUUCCCUAGACGACUUUCUCCAUUACUACUUCAUAGGCUUCAAAGUCCUCACCAACGCCUCCGACUUUGAAGCACUAACCUAUGACUAUAUUCAAAACGCGGCAGGCCAAAAUGUCAAGCAUGCAGAGAUUUUCUUUGAUCCGCAAGCGCACACCGAGCGCGGGAUAACAUAUGAUACCCUCAUCAGCGGUUUGAAAGCUGCCAAGACGAGAGCAGCAACUGCGUUCCCAGAUAUGAGCAUUGAGUUCAUUCCCUGCCUGGUCCGUCACCUACCAGUCCCCACGGCCCACACGAUGCUCGAGGAGAUUGUGAGUGCAGGCCACUUUCACGAUGGCACAGUCAUCGGCUUUGGCAUGUCCAGCACCGAGAAGGACAUGCACCCCUCGCUCUUCACAUCCGUGUACAAAGCUGCCCAGGAGGCGGGGAUCGAGAACCUGACGGCGCACUACGGCGAGGAGGGGCCGGCAUCGUACAUGGAGGCGGCCAUCGAGCAGCUCAGCGUCGUACGGGUCGAUCACGGGCGGCGCGUCAUCGAGGAUCCGAGCCUGGUUGCCCGGCUGGCAGAGGGCAAGCUGAUGCUCACGCUGUGCCCCGUUUCCAACGUGGCACUGAGGGGGGUUUCCAGGAUCGAGGAUCUUCCCAUCAGAGAACUCUUGGACAAGGGGGUGCGGUUCAGCAUCAACAGCGAUGAUCCGGCGUACUUUGGAGCGGACAUCUUGGGGAACUACGAGGCUGUACAGUUGGCGUUUGAUCUUACGAUACCGGAGUGGGAGGGCAUUGCUCUCGGGUCUAUUGAAGGGAGUUGGUGUAACGAGACGCGGAAGCAAGAGCUGAGACAAAUGGUGCGCGACGUCGUCCAGAAGUUCUCUUGA